CACCUGAAUUCUGAUCUGGAAAGUAGCAUCUCAUAGUGGUGUGACACUGUAUAUUGGCUGUAUGCAUAACUCAAUCCCUCUUCUUGCUUUAAAGGACCACUGACCCUUCAAGGAAAAUGAGGAUGACCACAUGCACAAGCAACAUGGUACCGAAGCAACUAUUAUCUCAGGGAAAAAGCUGGCUGCCCAGGUCUGCGAGGAGAUACGAAAGGAUGUAGACUCCUGGCUUGCCCUUGGGAACAAGAGGCCUCAUCUCACCGUUGUCUUAGUAGGAAACAACCCAGCCAGUCACACAUAUGUGAGGAAUAAAGUAAAAGCAGCAGCAGCCGUAGGCAUUUGUAGUGAAAUAAUACGGAGGCCCAAAGAUAUUUCUCAGGAAGAACUUUUAGAUCUAACUGGCAGAUUAAACAAGGAUUCAAGAGUCAGUGGUAUAUUAGUCCAGUUACCUCUGCCAGGUCACAUUGAUGAAAGAACUGUGUGUAACACUGUUGCGCCUGAAAAGGAUGUGGAUGGAUUUCAUAUUUUCAAUAUAGGACAACUGUGUCUUGACCAGCCUUCUGUUAUACCUGCCACUGCUGCUGCUGUCUGGGAAAUAAUAAAAAGAACUGGAAUACAAACAUUUGGAAGAAACGUUGUUGUUGUUGGGAGAUCCAAGAAUGUUGGAAUGCCUAUUUCAAUGCUUUUACAUACCGAUGGAGGACAUGAAAGGCCCGGAGGUGAUGCUACAGUUACAAUUGCUCACAGAUAUACACCAAAAGAUCAGCUGAAGAUCCAUACGCAGCUUGCUGAUAUUGUAAUAGUUGCUGCAGGUGUCCCAAAGCUGAUUACUUCUGAUAUGGUUAAAGAAGGGGCAGCAGUGAUCGAUGUCGGGAUCAACCAUAUCCACGAUCCUCUCACAGGAAAGACCAACUUAGUGGGGGAUGUGGACUUUGAAGAGGUAAAGAAGAAAGCUGGCUUCAUCACCCCUGUGCCGGGAGGCGUAGGACCAAUGACAGUUGCUAUGCUUCUGAAGAAUACAUUAUUUGCGGCCAAGAAGCUUAUUUAUUAAGAUCUAUGAAUCCAAGCCAUUCUAUUUAUUGAUACAUAUACAUUUAUUUUUCUUACAAAUAUAUUUAUUUCUAAAUUGUA